AUGGGUCUCAAACGGAAAGCUUCGGUUCUCGAAGAGUCCAUCUACCAAUUGCAAGAACAACACCAGAGCAGCCCCGUCGCGCCGUCGUUGACGUAUUCCUCUCCCGCGUCCACGACCACAGUCUCUCCCACGCACGAUUCGCGCAACAACACCGGCACGCCCUACGAUUUCUGGAAGAUCGAAGCAGUACCAUAUCUCAGCAGCCGGACGCGAAAGCGGUACCGUGACAACAGACCAGAGGAGGAGAUCAUCCACGAAAACACGCUGAGGAAACUAUACGACGCACAACGACUGCACCUCGACGAGGCCCUGCCCAUUUCCGAGGUGGUCGAUUUGCACGAGCAAGAUGACUUCGAUCAAGAAGAAGAAAAUGGAGACGUCGACAUGACAGACGGAGCCGAUACCGAGCUGCCACAAUCUCCUCAGCGGAACCAGAGGACUCUCGAAUCCUUCUUCGCAGCAAAGUCACAAGACCUCUCCAAUACCAGCAGCAGCAGCAGCAGCAACAGCAGGAGCAGUAGUGGUAUUGCAACACCGAUGAUGACGACGGCCUCACCUGUGUGGAACUACGAGGUGCAAAAGCAAUCUCAAUGGGACGAGGCUUUGUCUCUGGUACAACCGAAUCAACAAUCACAGCACCAACGACAACCCCAGCAACGGCAAAACAUAUAUACCAUGUGGUCUUCUCUUUCUCCUUCUUCGCAGGGCCACUUCCUCCAAAGUACACCACUAACGUGA